AUGUUUGAGUCGUUGGAGAUCUUGAAGUAUCGGCUUAUAGAGACGUCUGAGCCGCCGAGAGACGAGUUCAGACCACGCUCUGCACUCUUGAGGCUAAAGCAAGGUGAUCGUGACGUGCAAGCAUACGCACAGCACCUGCGCUACCUUGCGGGUAGAGUUACGAAAAAUCCUGUUGAUGAGCACACGCUCAUCAACGUGUUCGUUUACGGCCUUGUGGAUGGGCCGGUGAAGACCUACAUGUUCCGAGAGGACUUUCAUACGCUGGAAAGGCGAUAG